CGAAGCUUCAAAUAACAUGGUCAACGCCCAAUCAAAUGCAGAUGAAAUUGGUCCCGAAUCAUCAGAAAGCACAUCUGGACUUCAAAUUGAUCCACUAUCUAUAACACAUUGCAGAUUCUGUGCAAAACAGCACAGCAAAACAGAUUUAUAUAACUUAUUACAGGAUAAAACUAAAUGCGAUGAGUGUAUAACAAUGUUACAUUUUUUUAAACGUAACAUCAACUUUAUAAAUUCAAAACUGCCAAACAAUUCUUGUCAAACUUGUUUCAGUGCUUUGCAAAAAGCCUAUAACUAUUUUAAAUCUGUAAAACGAAACCAAAUGAUACUUAAUAAUAUAUACAAUAUGAAAUUGGAGAAUUUGUUAAAGAUUAAAAUUGAACCACAUACUGGUGAUGAGUACUCAGAGAAUGACACACCUUUGUCACUUUGUAAUAUAAUGGUAUUAAACAAUGAUACAUGGCUAACAUAUCCAUGGGUUUGCAAAUUCUGUCAGGUUGUAUUUGCAAAGAUUGAGGACCUGCGGUCACACGGCAAGGAACAGCAUAACAUGUGCCAUGCAUUCAUUUGUGUGGAUUGUAAACAGACCUUUGAGACUUUUGACAAAUUUGUUGAACAUAUUCGAAUUCAUAGGAAUAUGCUUAGCCUCUACUGUCAAUUCUGUAAUGCCGCAUUUGAAACUUCGGACAAAUGCUUCACCCACACACAGUCUCAUUAUGCCAGCACUCAGAAAAUCUGCAACUUAUGUGGAGAAAUAUUCCCCUUCCAGAACAGUUUGGAGUAUCAUCAGGAGUUGUAUGGGAAGAAGGUGCAGGAAGCCAGUGGGGGUGGGGACAAAAGUUGGACCUCCUAUGAUUGGAGUUGCCUAGAAUGUCCAACCCGGUUCCCGGAACUAUCAUCUCUGCGCACGCACAUCCAAUUUGUACACGAAAAAUGUUUUGCUAUGAAAUGCAUGGACUGCUCGAAAGAUACAAAAAAUUUCAAACUGUUUGUUGCUCAUGUCACUAUGCACAGGUCUUAUUUGAAAAAAUACUGCCAAUACUGUAAUAUGCGUUUCGAAGUUUCCGAAGCACUAAACCAACACAUAAUCCAGCAUAUCACAAGUCAACAACGGCCUUGCAACAUGUGCGGCCAAAUAUUCGAAGACAACAAAAAAUUGGCAAAACAUAAGCGCAUGUAUGCAGAAGGAAAGAAGAAUAAAAAACAAAGUCGAGCCAAGGGAGGUUCUAGAGAGGAAGAAGCUGAUAUUAAGCCUAUACUGGUGCAGCCAAAGAAACGUAGACCGAGACGAAAAAUAUCUUUAAGCGUUGAUGAUCUAACUUGCAAGACUUGCUCCAAGUUUUGUGAAACAACAACUAAGCUAAAACGCCAUGUAAUGACGCAUGAUGAGUCGAGACCAAGAGAUUGGGCUUGUCAGUUUUGUGGUAGUGCCUUUCUGACUAGCAGCUCUUUAAGAGAUCAUGUAAAGAAACAUAGUGACCGUACUGAAGAAUGUCAAGUAUGUAACAAGAAGUUUUACACCAGACAUCAGCUAAAAGCUCACAUUGUGACCCAUUCUGAAGAGAAGCCUUUUGUUUGCGACGAGUGCGGGGCAAAUUUCAAAACAAAACGGCGUUUGAAAUGUCAUUUGUUCAAACAUACAGAUUUAAAACCAUUCCAAUGUUCAUUUUGCUUCAAAGAGUUUAAAUUCAAAGAGAAUUUGAAGACUCACGAGUACCAACAUACAGGCGUGAGGCCUUAUUCUUGUGAAUAUUGUGAGCGUACUUUUACAAAUUGGGCCAAUUGUAAUAAACACAUGAUAAGGAAACAUGGUAUUAGAUUGGCUAGAACUAAAAUCACUGAACAUGGAAGAUUGACCAUAGAUCGAAGAACGGGAGAGGCGUCAGCCAUAGCCACAGAUACGAACACUAAAGAAUGGUUGACGGAAAUGAUGAAACCGGAAAAACCCGGAAAAAGGACUAAAAGAGGACUUUUAAAAAAAUCGGCAAUAAGCAUGAAUUGAGAAGUCGCCGAAAGCAUUCUUUAAGUCACAAUUUCUUUGUAAAGGUCGAUAAGUUUCUCGUGGAUUCUAUACACAAUAGUUUAGGCGUCAAAUGGUCGUGUAUUUUUGAACGAAAUUCGUCAUCAACCUAUAUACCUAUAGUCAUCAGUAUCAUAGUAUGGUUGUACGUGAAUUUGGUUCCCAAAAAUGCUGCAACAUUAGCAAUGGUUUACACAUAUCAGUAUAGUAUUUAGCAGCGCGAUACUUUGAUAGUGGAAACAGACAACCUUGUAGUGUGUAUACAGGUUGAUUUUGAAAUCAUUAGCAUCCGUUGAACCUAUCUUACCUUUACUCCCCUAAAUACAUAUUUUAGAGUAAUUUAAAUUAGCAAUAGUGUAAAACCAUUAAUUUUAAUAAACAAAGAAUCAAAACGUGACGCGCACAUCACUGGUUCGAUUCCCAUAGUUGACUGCCUCCAUAGUGUAGUGAUUAGAAGAUAGGCUAUUCUUGGCUAGUUCUGCGCAGCGAUGUACCCGGCGCGUCCUGAUAGCGGUGUGCAUAAACAUUUAACUUUUUUUUGUGAGAUCGUACAGUAAAAUUUAUGUAACUGUUGGUUCCUGUAACGGUCUUGCCAAUUACAGUGCACUACAAUUCAUUGCGUUCACAUUUAAAUUAAUCGUACACUAAACAGCAAUCCAAAUUCGCAAUUCGCGAGACUUGCACGGGAAACGCCCUGUUUUGAAUUUUGAAUGACGGUACGGCAACACUACCCUGUGAGCCUCGUGACGUAUGCGACGGGUGAUCUUUGCUUACGAACAAAUGCACGUGUUCAGUCAAUGUUGAAGUUCGUAGACUCGUAGGACGUAUAUAAUUAGACGACGGCAGCGUUUGAUACUUGAAUAUUUUAAAGGAGUUUAUUUAUUUUUGUUUUAUUAUUAUUAUUUUAUGAUUUAUUCUAUCACAUGGUAUGUGUAUAAAGAUUUUCUGGUUUUCAUAAGUUACAAUAUUGACUGCUUUGAUUUGCAAAAAAAUUGUCUUAAUGUAAUUGAUAUCAUAAGUUGGGUCUUAUUUUAAAAGGAAGCUAAUGAUUUCGAUUUC